CUCAUCUGCAUCAUGAGAAAGCAGAACAUGUCUGCUGCAUCAGUCCAUUUUCAAUCAAAUCCCGUCAUUAUUACAUUUACAGGGCGGUAUAAAUCCAUAUAAAACCACCAAUUGAAUGCGGGCCAAUCCCCGCCAUCGAGAAAGAAAGCCAAUGGUAUCAAUCCAGCGCCCAACGCCUCCCAUCACCGUUGCGAGUACCUUACUAAUACUCUGCUAGGCCAAUUCCUGGGGCGGCAGGUAGGGGCCACGGUAUGACUGCGUGGCCGGCAGUUCUCGGUAUGCAGUUUCGGACCCCAACUCGUGAGCGCCAUACGGAGUUUCCGCGAAUUUUCGGCAUCGGCGGCGGAAGCCCGCCCUCGGCCCAUGCCGGCUGUGGGGCCCCUUCCGCUGCUGCUGCCGCCGCAGCCGCUUCGGCCUUUCGCUUCCUUGACCGCAUCAAAUACAGAGCCACGAGCAGGGCGGCGAUUCCAAUAACGCCCAACCCCACACCCACACCCAUGCCGGCCGCUGCACCCGUCGAGAGGCCUGGUGAUGACGCCUGGUCCGGUAAAGAGGGUCCUUCCCCCGUGAGCGCGGCCGUCGCGCCGCUGGAGACUGUCGCGGUUGAAAUGGACGGGGAAGUUGGUGUUGAUAUGAUCGAUGAGGAGGUUGAGGUCGAGGUUGAGGUCGAGGUCGAGGCCAAGGUCGAGGACGUUGUGAACGUGGACGAUGUUGUGGAGCUCGUCGUCUGCAACGCUAUGUUCCAUCCCACCACGGCGAUGGCGCUAACCGUCGAGCUCCUCGUCAGCGUCGUCGCGGUGAUCUUCCAGGCCUUCGAAGCCCCUGGCGACGUUGAGGCAAAUGUCAGGACCGCGCCCGAAGGGACAUCGGAAAGGCAGUCUCCAGCGACGGAGCCCGGGUAUCCGUGCGCAAGGUAGUAC